UAAUGAUCUAUUCUCAACAUCCAUAUGAUCAACCUAUAAAGUAAUUUCAAAUUUUUAUAUUCAGUAACAUUCCAUAAGGAUAUCCCAUGUAUUAUUAGCAAUUUUAACCAUACCCAAUACCUUUUGAACCCUAUUAAGUAUUAUCAAAUGUGAUACCUAUCACUGAGCCAUUGCCAUCAAAAAUUAUUUAUCCACAGGAGACAGUAAUUGAAAGAUACCCUCCAUUAUAAAUUCCAAAGAAAGUUCAAAUAGAAAAUACUCAAAAAGAAAAAAAAAAAAGUUUUUACAAUUUAGAUAACAAUCCAUAUUUAUUUUCAACUGCAAGAGUUAGAAAUUUCUCACAAUAAUUACCACCAUAAGGAUAUUAAUAAUAAUCUAAUGAUGCACAUUAAGUGUAAUUUUAAACAAAUCGAUUGGAAAGUACAUAAAGAAUGUUAGACCCAUAAAUUUAAUCAAAUUAACAGAAUAAUCUAAGAGUAUCUGAUUAAACAAAAAUAUUUUAUCCACCUUAACCUAUUUAAUAAUAAUCCAUUAAUGAUUAAAUUGAUUAGAGACUUAGAAAUACCUAACAAUACUCUACUUCAAAUAUUUAAUAAUCUAAAAUACUUGAACAAAAGGAUUAUUAUAUUCAAUCAUAAAAUUUGCCUUUUAAUGAAUAAGUAAAUCCAAUUUAAACUUAAAGUUUGCAUCCUUAAUAUUAAACUACAGCAUAAUUUUAGCCAUUAUUAUCUAAAAGUUUAAAUGAUUAAACAGGAAGAUAAUUGAAUGAAUCAAAACCCCCUAUUAUUCAAUCAACAAUUGUAAUAUAUAUUAUAACAUAUAUAGUAAUAUAAUGCACCAAAAUAAAGACCAGGACUUAAUUUAGAUUUGAAACAAUAUAAAUCAUCAAGUUAAAGUCUUUCACAAUCUAAAUUAAGAAGAUCUAAAAUCUUCGAUUGA